AUGCCAUACUCCCCUGCAAUGAACGGCAUCGCCGGGCGAGCGAACCGCACAAUCACGGAGACGGCGCGCCAGUUGCUCAUUGAAGCCGGGCUACCCGACUAUUUCUGGCCUGAUGCGGUGCGGAGUGCAUGUGUGGCCAAGAACAUAGCUUUGACUCAUGUGGGAGCAGACAAAUGGGUGCCCUAUGUGGAGUGGAUUGGAAGGAAGCCAAAGGUGGAUAUGCUUCGGGAUUGGAAGGCGGAGAAUGAGGCGAAGAUAGGCGUGCGGUUUGGGGAGGUGAAGAGUUCCGGUUUGGAGCAUGUGGAGCUGCCCUUGGAGCUGAGCAGCAGCAGCACCACCACAAGGCAAUCUUCCCUUGUGAAUGGGGGAGAGGAGGCCAAGGAUGCAGAGGAAGAAGAGGAGGAGGUGCAGCAAGUGAGCGAGCGUGCACCGACACUUCCUUCUCGCACUACGAGUGCUCCACGGAUCCGAGUCACUCCGCAGCAACGCCAAGGCCUUCAUGUCCUUGCAGCUGAGGAGGAAGGAAGGGGCAAGAGGAGAAUUCAAGCCCCUAAUAGGCCGACCUAUGAUGCAUUGGGAAAGCCAGCCAAGUCAGCUCUGGCCGGAGUGACACUUAUAGUUGGAGAUGACGAGGAGAGUGACUACGACGAGUGUGCCUUCGCUUUCUUCUCUCCGGUGGAGAUGCCGAGGGAACCAACAACUCUCAAGGAGGCCUUGGAGAGUAGUGAUGCUGAGGAGUGGAAGAAAGCAAUGGAGAGUGAGUUGAAGAGCAUUGAGGAGAACGGCGCGUGGGAAGCGGUAGAGCUACCGAAGGGGCGUAAGGCGAUUACGUCCAAGUGGCUCUUCAAGAUCAAGUCCAACGCCGAUGGCAAAAUCGAGCGCUACAAGUCUAGGCUUGUGGCAAAGGGGUACCAGCAGAAGGAGAAGGUGGACUAUAAGGAGUUGUUUGCUCCUGUGGUGAAGCCGACGACGCUGCGAACCCUACUCGCGGGAGCUGCCAUCAAAGGAUGGGUGGUGAAACAAAUGGAUGUCACAACCGCAUUCCUCAACGGCGUCCUUGAGGAAGAUAUUUUUAUGGCGCAGCCAGAGGGGUUUGAUGAUGGUAGUGGCAGGGUUUUGAGGCUGAAGCAGGCCCCUAGGCAGUGGUACUUGAAGCUGCGAGGAGUUUUGGAGGAGAUCGGCUUCACUCCCUCAACGGCCGAUCACUCAUUGUUCAUGCUUGGCGAGGGGGAGCAGAGGAGCUUCAUGGUUGUGUACGUGGAUGACAUCCUAAUUUUCUCACCCUCCUCUGAUCUUGCGAAGGAAGUGAUGCUGAAGCUUCAAGACAAGUUCAAGUGCAAGGCCCUUGGUGACGUGAGCUUCUACCUUGGGCUCCACAUCGAACGAGAUGUGGAGAAGCGGUGCAUGCGGGUGCAUCAACAGAAGUACCUGGAGGCAUUGGCUGCCAACUUUGGGCAGAGUGAAGGCCAUGUGGCUACACCCUUUCCCUCUGGGUUCAAGUGUGUGAAGAGACCAGAGGAGGAGAGCGUUGGUGAAGAGGAGAGACGCCGUUUUCACUCGUUGGUGGGCAGCCUCAUCUACGCGGCGGUAAACACCCGACGGGACGUCGCCUUUGCAACCGGACAGUUGGCUAGGGUUUUUCAAUGUCCUAAUGAGGAGCAGGUAGCUGCUAGAAUGAGGGUGGCCAAGUAUCUUGGCCAAACAGCGACGGUUGGGCUGCAAUACUCGACGGCGGCGCAAAGGCGCCAAAAGGGCGCGGAUGGUGUUGAACCCGGGCGUUUGUUCCUCACCGCAUUCUCGGAUGCUUCUUAUGCAUCGGAACCAGAGGACAUGACAAGUGUUGGAGGGUUCAUUUGCUAUGUUGGUGGAGGCCCAACUGCUUGGGAGAGCAAGAAGCAGGUGGAUCAAGCAUUGAGCUCGGUGGAGUCCGAGUACAUGGCACUCUUCCGUGCCGUACGGGAGAUUGUGUGGCAGCGGCGUUUGUUGGCUGAAUUGGGGGAGGAGCAGCAAGGACCUACCCCACUCUACUGUGACAGCCAGGGUGCCAUUGCUCUUGCUAAGAACCCAGUGUUGCAUGGCCUCACGAAGCACAUGAGGGUGAAGUGGCAUUGGACGAGGAGCAUGGUGGCCGCGGGUGAAGUUGAGUUGCGCUACGUAAAGACGACGGGGCAGCCAGCUGACAUGAUGACCAAGAGGCUGGUGGAGAAGCAGCAUUGGAAGUGUUGCAAGCUGCCUGGGAUGGCUCUGAACUAA